AUGUUCGGUCUCUUCGUUCUCUCGUCGCUCCUCCUCUCCAAGAGCGUGCUCUCAGCCCCUACCGCGGAGGUUGAGCUCCAGACGCGUGCUGCUGCCACUGUCCCGGCAGCACCCCGCUUCGUCAUCUAUAGCGACAAGUGGGUGUCUGGCGAGACCGGUCCUCCCUCGGUCGACCAGUUGACGGGCUACAACGUUUUUGCUCUGUCAUUUUUGUUGACAAGCGGUGCUGCUGACCAAGCUCUCGAGUGGGAGGAAAUCACCGAUGACGACCGCAGUAGCUUCAAGUCGCAGUAUUCUGCUGCCGGGAUCAGUCUCAUUGUCUCUGCAUUCGGUGCUACCGAUGCGCCCACGUCGUCCGGUGCCGAUGCUGUCACGACGGCGAACAACGUUGCCGCGUGGGUGAAGCAAUACCAGCUCGACGGCGUAGACGUGGACUACGAGGACUUCGACGCCAUGGACAAGGGUGACGGCAGCGCUGAGAGCUGGCUCGCCACCUUCAGCACACAGAUUCGUACCCAGCUGCCCAAGGGCCAAUACAUUCUGAGCCACGCGCCGGUUGCGCCUUGGUUCUCUGUCAGCAGCACUUUUGCUGGUGGUGCCUACUUGAAGGUUGACCAGACUGUUGGUGAUGCAAUUGACUGGUACAACAUUCAGUUCUACAACCAGGGCACCGACGAGUAUACCACAUGCGACGGCCUUCUCAACACUUCUGGUGGCUCGUGGCCUAACUCUUCCUUGUUCGAGAUCGCCGCUCAGGGCGUCGAUUUGCAAAAGCUGGUCAUUGGAAAGCCCGCUCAGUCUGCGGGCGACGCCAAUAACGGCUUCAUUGAUCCAACAACUCUCGCGGGCUGCCUUGCUCAGGCUAAGGCCAAAGGCUGGGGCGCGGGUGUCAUGGUCUGGGAGUUCCCUGACGCCGCUGCUAGUUGGAUUGAGACCGUGCGUUCCCAGGCGUUCCCCGAGUAG